AUGGGAUGUUGGGCGACAGGGUUGAACUUGUUGCAGCUGAAGUCUCCCUCCAGAGUGCCCGUCUUCUUCACCAUGCUCAUCAUCAUCACCUAUGUCUUCUACUGUCUGACCGGAUACUGUGAUCUCAACCCGCUGCCGCUGCGCGAGCGCAGACCGGCUUUGACCGAGCUGUCCACGCGCGAGCGAAACGCGUCCAGCCGCGCGGACUCUCCAGCUGUGCAGGACAGGAGACACUUUUCGGGAGACACCACUAACCUGUCGGUGUGGGACAGUUUCGGGAACAGAGAGUUUCCUCAGGCUAUCAUAAUCGGGGUGAAGAAAGGGGGGACGCGCGCGCUGCUCGAGUUCCUGCGCGUGCAUCCUGACGUCAGGGCGGUGGGAGCGGAGCCGCACUUUUUCGAUCGAUUCUAUCAUAAAGGACUGGACUGGUACAGGAAUCUGAUGCCACGUACUCUGGAGGGUCAGAUCACCAUGGAGAAGACACCAAGCUACUUCGUAACCAGAGAGGCCCCUCGCCGCAUCUUCACCAUGAACCAUAACACCAAACUGAUCGUGGUGGUGCGAGAUCCAGUCACCCGGGCUGUCUCAGACUAUACCCAGACUCUCUCAAAAAACCCUGGACUUCCAUCCUUCCAGAACCUGGUCUUCAAAAACUCCACCACAGGUCUGAUUGACACUUCAUGGAGUGCUGUGCGCAUUGGCAUCUAUGCCAAGCAUCUAGAAAACUGGCUUCGGUACUUUCCUUUGUCACGGUUGCUCUUUGUGAGUGGGGAGAGACUUGUGACAGACCCGGCGAGCGAGAUGGAGCGAGUGCAGGACUUUCUCGGCUUGAAGAGGCUAGUCACAAACAAGCACUUCUACUUUAACCAGACUAAAGGCUUUCCAUGUUUAAAGAAACCCGAGGGAAGCAGCAGGCCGAGGUGCCUGGGCAAAUCGAAAGGCAGAGCUCAUCCUCACAUACCACCUGAGGUACUGUACAGACUCAGAGACUUUUACAGACCCUUCAAUCUCAAGUUCUAUCAGAUGACUGGCCAGGAUUUUGGCUGGGAAUGA